UUGGAAGUUCGUCAUCUAGUAUAAUAUAGAUAUCUGUGACAUUACCUAGCGUAUCCAUUAAUUUUACAGAUACCAGUCGUAUUACAAAAAUAAAUACUUUAACCAUAGUUUAACUGAACUGAACUAAAUCGACGAUUGUAAUACUGGCAAUAAGUUAACCUAGGAUCAAAAUGCACCACCUUGCCUAAGAGAUAGAAGAUAUUUUUUAAGACAGUGAUAAUUGCUAUACUAUAUUUAUUAUCAAUGGUUAAAUUAACCGUCAUAGUGAUAACUGAUAAUCACUGGACAACAAGAUAUAUUCUCAUAAUUUUAUAAUUGAUUGACUAAGUAAUGUAUUAAGUAAAAAACUCAACUGGUAAAAUUAGUUGUAAAUUGAUCAACAAAAAGAUUUUAACAACUAUGUUUUGUAAAAGUAAUAUUUGGAUUUCAUCUAAGCCAAGUUUAAAAUGGUUUUGGCGUAUACAAUGGUGUUCAUCAACAUCAAAAAAAUUAAAUUUACCAAAUAUUGAUGGAAACUUCAGUUCUUUCAAAAAACUAAAAUAUCCGGAAAGCAUGUUUGUUCACGACUAUAAUAUAGCAAAAGAUAUAUCAGAAACUAUAUGUACACAAUUGAUUAAAACAUAUGGUAAUAAACAAUUGGAACUAAUUGAAGUAAAUCCUGGUCCAUGUUUAAUAACACGACAUUUAUUGGAAAAUACAAAUUACAAUAUUAUUAUAUUUGAAAAUAAUUAUAAUGCAUUUGUAGAAUUUUUCAGUGCAAUUCAUUCAGUGUAUAGAAACAGAAUUCAUAUUAAACAUGGAAAUUUGCUUUUGCUUUGGAAGUUGGGAUUUCAAGAUCGAAUGGAUCGAGGUGAAAGAGUUUCAAAAUUUUUAUCACCUAUUGCUACAAAACAAUCAUGGAACCAAGAAAGUCCAUCACUCAAAAUAAUAGCUGCAUUACCAAACAAAAAAUUUAUAAAUUAUUUAAUUUAUAGUUUUAUAUUUCAAACUGGUUUGAUGACUUAUGGUAGACCAGAAUUUUAUUUAUUACUACCUCCAUCUUUAUUUAUGAAAUGUUCUUGUAAACCAAUUGUAGAUAAAAAGUAUUAUAAAACAAAUACUAUUUUAUUUCAAAGUAUUUUUGAUAUAAAGUUAUUGAAAACUUAUCCAAGAAAAGCAUUUUUUCCUCCACACUCUUCAAAAUCUGAAUCAAAAAACGUGCGUUUUAAAGAGAUUAAAGAAGCAGAUACUAAAUAUAUAAUAUUAGCAAAAAUUGUUGGUCGUCAAGACAUUUUGGAAGCCAAUGGUUUAACAGAAGAUUUAUUAAAACCAUUUUGGUAUUUUGUUAAACAUCAUACAAUUAGUCGUAAAAAUUUUGUUAUACCAAUACAAUGGAUUCCUGGCUGUGGACCUCAUUUUAUUGCACAAGGUUACACAAUAUUUACUCAAUUUGGUGAUCUUACACCUCCUCAAAUUUUAAAAUUAUUUUUAAAGUUUAUUAGUUUGCCAGAAUAUAAAGAUUCACCUUUUUUAAGCUCAAUGGAAAGUAGGAUUGCUAAAUUAUUACCAUCUGUCCAAAUAGCAUCUGAAGACUCUGUUAUUGAACAAUCUGAACAUAAUUCCUCUUUAGAUUUAGAAGAAUUUAAUGAUAAAGUUAAUUAAUAUUUAGCUAAAAUGACUGAAUUAAAUUAUGUUUUAAUAUUAAUUAUAAAUU